AUGGCGGAGGCGGAGGCGGAGGCGGAGGGCGCGGCGGCGGCGCCUCUGCGUUACGUUACUCACUCGGAGGAGCCGGAAAAAAUUGGACCAAAAUCUGUGGUAAAUUUAAGUACAUUGGGUCCUAAACCAAAAGGAAAUAGGAAGAUUGGGGGACCAGGGGAAUUUUUGGCUAAUAUUGUUGAAAAUAAAGUUUGUAACAACUGUCUUAUUUUUAAACAAAGAGUGAUGCUUUUAAAUCAAUUUUGGGCAAAACCACAGACAGGUAUCCUCCCAAUCCCCAAACCCAGGGGUUUUACGGAGUGUGUAGAUCAAAAUUUUCCAAAAUCGCUUCGGCUAUGGAAAUAUCAAUAUAUCAAACAUGCCAACAUAAGUAACUCAACGUCACAUCACUGGCCCUCCUGUAAAUAUACAGGGCUGGGGCCCAAAAACCAAGUAGGAGGUUCUGGGGAUGGUAACCUGGGGUUGACACCCACAGCCAGCACACCCCUUACUCAUACCAUGCGUGUUCACAAUGUGGGUGUUGCUCUGAAUCGAGGAGAAUCUUACAUUAAAAGCUGCAGGAAAAAUCUAGAAGAAAAAUAUGUGGAUAAGGAUUGUGAGUGUAAGAAUAAGUGCCUCUCCAAACUUGGUAGUGUGACAGACAGAGAAAAUAUAUUUAGAAGCUUUUGGGACAUUGGUGAUUUUAGUAAACAAAAUACGUAUCUUGCUGAAAAUGUAAUACUUGUACCCAAUGUCAAGAAAAAACAGACACAACCAUUGGAAGAGAAAAAUUCAAAAACAGUAUCAAGACUUUAUUGUGUUCGUUUACCAAACUGCAGCAAACAGACACGUAUAUGCAAGACAAUGUUCCUGCGUCUCCAUGGGGUCUCCAAUGGCAGACUGGACCGCAUUCUUCAGGCUGUGAAUUGUCAAAUGCCUGAUGCUUUACAGGACAAGAGGGGUCAGCACACACCAAGCAACAAGACUUCCCAGGAGGAUUGCGACCUUGUGACUCAGCACAUCUGGUCAGUGAGGUACAGUCGAGAGGAGGGAGGAAACCCCAUCCACAGCAUUGGUGAUCUCGGUGAAACAGGGGGAAAGGACUUGUCUGUCAAAAAGAUGUAUGAAAUGUAUAAAAGAUGGUGCGAGGAAAGGGGGAAAGUGCCAGUGAGUCUGUGGGUGUAUCGACACAUUGAAAAAUCUUGGACCGGCAAAAAGAGUGCGUCAGCUAGAAAUCCACCUGUGGCUGAAGUUCAGGAAGUUCAACCCACUUCAGCUCCCAGUGCUCUGAAUGAUCUCUCUGAGCAGACUAGAGAACAAGUGCCAGUGGAAGAUCAGAGAUUACCUGAACCCAAAAGGAAAAAAAGUGGAGAACAAGUGGGCUCUAUGACGAGGCUGGAGAGAAAAUUCAAGAGGAAUAGUGGUGCAGCUUAUUACACUGCAGCAGGGAAGUUGAAAGAAGAAAAACAUUAUGUGGAUAAACACUGUGGUUGCAAGUAUCGCUGUAUACCAGAGAUAGGCUCUGAGGACUCUCGUAGGCAGGUCUUCAUGAACUUUUGGAAAUUUGGAAACUUUACAAAGCAAAAUGAGUAUAUUGCACAGAAGGUUGUGUUAGUACCUGUCAUGCAAAGAGAGAGAGACAAAGUGCUAGAAAAAUUCACAAGAACUUAUACAAGGAUAUAUAAUGUCCAAAUGAAGCCAGGUGAAAAGCCAGUCAGAGUCUGUAAAACCGCAUUCCUGCAGCUGCACGGGGUUUCCAAUGGCCGAGUGGAUCGCGUGCUACAAGCUGUGGCCUGUGAAUCUCCCUUUGCUUUGAAAGACCGACGAGGAAACCACUCGCCCAAAAACAAGACGAAACAAGAGGACGUAGAUUAUAUCUGUCAGCACAUCAAAGCGUUCCCCAUUGAUCCCCAGAGUAAUGAGGUCAAUAACAGACCCUCCCUUCCGCAGGACCUCAACGUUGAGAAAAUGUAUCGCAUGUACAAACAGCAAUGUAUUCAAGAUAACCGGGCACCUGUCAGUAGCUUUGUGUACAGAAAAAUUUUGAAAGAAAGGUAAAGCUUUGUAUUUUGGUGAACUGAGUGAGGCAUGAUGCAGUAACUAUGUGGUAUUUAGAAAGAGAAGGCAGUAUGGCAACUUUGUGUAUUGUUGGAUGAUUUAAACAUCUACUGAACUCUUUUUUUUGUCAUUAUAAGCAUGGGGAAAAAAGGAUAUUCAUACUGUUUUUUAUCUUAUAGUCUCUUAGCAUACAUGAACAAAAUA